AUGCCGGAGCCUGGGUCCAUUACAAUUUCGGAACCGAUCAAGCUCGAAAAGUUCAUAGAAGAAGGCAGCACGGAGCAUCCAUCCGGCGACCGCACGCCAAAGCACACAGCAACUUCCAUACACACAGAGACAGUUGAGCCAGAGAUUGUAUCGGAGGCUCAAGCUCAAGCCUUACAUCAGACGUCAGCGUCGGCACCGCCCACGCCCACACCCACGCGAGCCACAAAGUCCUCAACUUUAGGAGAGGUCCCUUCUCCACCCCGGCAAUCCUCGAAAUCUGCACCUCUGGCGGCCUCCUCGACGGAUCUUUCUCCCUCUGCCCCUGUCCUCGACGAGCACACAAAACCAAAUGUCCCUCCCAACGUGCUCGCAGCUUACCGCACGCCUCUCUACCACCCCUUGACCCACGGCAUCCCCGUCGCGCAAUUACAGCUGCGCUCCUUUUCCACCCGCAACCUCGAGUUCUUCGCCGACUUCUGCGUCCGUGCCGCGUAUUGGCUCUCCCUGCCUUGUACGGGGCCCGCGCCCUUGCCCAAGAAGAUUGAGCGCUGGACCGUCCUGAGGAGUAAUUUCGUGCACAAGAAGUCGCAGGAGAACUUUGAGAGAAUCACGUUGAAGAGGUUGAUCACGGUCUACGACGGCGCCCCGGAGGUGGUGGAGACGUGGCUGGCCUUUGUGCGCCGCUGGCAGUUUUACGGCGUAGGCAUGAAGGCGAACGUGUGGGGGUGGGAAUCCAUAGACGUGGCGUCGAAAAUGGACGCCGACUUUGCGAACCUGGAAAAGGAGCUCGACGACAAACUACGGCUCUUUGGGUUCAACAAGCACGUGGCUGCCAAGCGGGACUUGUUGGGCUUGAUGGAACGGCAGCACCAUAGGCGUGAGGGCGUGGGCAUGAGUGAAGUCCGGGAGAAGGCUAGGGAGAAGCAUCCGAAUGAUCCCAAGCUCGUGGCUCAUUACUAG